UCUCUCUCUCUCUCUCUGUGUGUGUAAGUGCCGGAAGUCCUGCCCUGACAGUGGCUGUGCUCUGCCCAUCUCCACCCGCCUCAAUCGCUGCUUCUUCAUGAGCUCCUCAGGAUGUCAGGGAAACAUUACAAAGGGCCUGAAGUCAGCUGCUGCAUCAAGUAUUUCAUAUUCGGAUUUAAUAUCAUCUUCUGGUUGCUGGGAAUCGCCUUUCUAGGCGUGGGACUCUGGGCGUGGAGUGAAAAGGGAGUGUUGUCCAAUAUCUCGUCCAUUACGGAUCUGGGUGGGUUUGAUCCGGUCUGGCUAUUUCUGGUGGUCGGAUGCGUAAUGUUCAUCCUGGGAUUUGCAGGGUGCAUCGGGGCUCUGCGAGAGAACACGUUCCUGCUGAAGUUUUUCUCUGUGUUCCUCGGAGUGAUCUUCUUCCUGGAGCUGACUGCUGGCAUCCUGGCGUUUGUCUUCAAGGACUGGAUCAGGGAUCAGCUUAACUUUUUUAUCAACAACAACAUCAGAGCGUACAGGGACGACAUCGACCUGCAGAACCUCAUCGACUUCACACAGGAAUACUGGAAAUGCUGCGGUGCCCACGGUGCUGACGAUUGGAACUUGAAUAUUUACUUCAAUUGUACAGACGGUAACACCAGCCGAGAACGAUGUGGGGUGCCCUUCUCCUGCUGUACCAAGGACCCCUCAGAGGACGUCAUUAAUACCCAAUGUGGCUACGAUGUGAGACUCAAAGAGAUCCUUGAGCAACAGAACUACAUCAACACAAAAGGAUGCGUUGGGCAGUUUGAGAAAUGGCUCCAGGAUCACCUAACAGUGGUUGCAGGAAUAUUUAUUGGGAUCGCACUGUUACAGAUAUUUGGGAUCUGCCUGGCUCAGAACUUGGUCAGCGAUAUUGAAGCUGUCCGGGCGAGCUGGUAGCAACCAUCACUGCCAAGCCAAUCAGUCGAAAUGCACCAAGUUACUGCACAGAGGAACGCGUAGCAGCCCUCUGGACUUCACUCUCGCAUGGAGUAGUAAAACGUUCUGGGAUAAGAGUGGCCAGAGAACCCUGUGAUGCUUUGAGAAAUGGACGUUUCCCCAGUGUGACUGUUAGCAAAUGCAUGGGAUUGCUUCUGUAGUCAACAAAAAACUUACAGAGGAGACCCGAAUGCAGCGGCAAAGUUGAAGUGACAGCUUCGCUUACAGAUAUCCCACCGUGUUAUACAGGAGCUUUUAAACAGUUUGAUAGCACACACGAGAUGGUUAAAAACGCUGCCGUAAACCAGAAGGUCCUGUAUUCGGAAGCUCAGAUGGGUAAUGCCUCUGAUCCCUUAAGUCUCUUUUGAUGCUCAGUGGGAACUUCAACUCUGGAAAAUAAUGGGAGGGGAAAUCAUUAUAUCUUUUGAGUAUACUAUUUGGAUCCACAAUCUUUGUUUUACCUUCUCUCUCCCCCCACCACCUCCCCCACAUUAAAUAUUUCGCCACGGUUUUACAACUGACAUAAAAAAUAGAUGAUCUUUAGUUAAAAGCCAGUUUGGUGAAUUUAACUUCAAUGGGGCAGCGGGUGUGGGGAUGUAAUCUAAUGUUGUUUCUGUGCAGUUCUUUGCCAAAUGUAUAUACAGAUUUUAAUUUUGAGGUAAAUAGCAGUGUUCCUUAAAAAUAAUGCCUUUCUCUGGCUGUACCUGUACCCUUUUGUUUUUCUUUAAGGUUACAUUUACGUUUACUUUUUUUUAAAAAAAAAUACGCAGGGGUGACUCCCCUUCGCGUGAGAAAAUGAAAAUUCAGAGACGUUUCUGUCUUAUCAUCGGAAAAGGAGUUAGUAUCUUAAGUUACUUUCUUUUUAGUUUUUUUUUUUGACACAUACCUAAGAGUAUCCAAACCAAGCU